AUGUUGAAGAGCGUUAUUACAAAGAGAACUUUAGCUACUGCAGCUCAAAAAAUAGUACCAAAAGAAUAUGGUGGACGUUUCACUGUUACUUUAAUUCCAGGUGAUGGUGUUGGUAAAGAAAUUACAAAUUCCGUUGUAUCUAUAUUUGAAUCUGAAAAAAUUCCAAUCGAUUGGGAAACUGUUGAUAUUUCUGGGAAUGAUGAAGCUGAUAAAGUAAACGCAGCUGUUGAAUCCUUACAAAGAAAUAAAAUCGGUUUAAAAGGGAUUUUACAUACCAAUGCAGCUGAUCAAGCAGGUCAUGGAUCCUUUAACGUUGCAUUAAGAAAAAAACUAGAUAUUUAUGCUAAUGUAGCUCAUUUUAAAUCUUUAGAAGGUGUUAAGACAAGAAUACCCAAUGUUGAUUUAGUUGUCAUUAGAGAAAAUACAGAAGGUGAAUUCUCUGGUUUAGAACAUGAAUCUGUUGAAGGUGUUGUUGAAUCAUUAAAAAUUGUAACAAAACCAAAAUCUGAAAGAAUUGCUAGAUUUGCAUUUGAUUAUGCUAAGAAAAAUAAUAGAAAACAUGUUACAGCUAUUCAUAAAGCUAACAUUAUGAAACUUGGUGAUGGUUUAUUUAGAAAUACUGUCACUGAAAUUGGUGCUAACGAAUACAAAGAUAUUGAAACCUCAGCAAUGAUUGUUGAUAACGCUUCAAUGCAAUGUGUCGCUAAACCUCAUCAAUUCGAUGUUAUGGUUACCCCAUCCAUGUAUGGUACUAUCCUUGGUAAUAUUGGUGCUGGGUUGAUUGGUGGUCCAGGUUUAGUCGCAGGUGCUAAUUUUGGGAGAGAAUAUGCAGUCUUUGAACCUGGUUCCAGACACGUUGGUUUAGAUAUUCAAGGUCAAAAUGUAGCAAAUCCAACUGCUAUGAUUUUAUCUGCUACUUUAAUGUUAAAUCAUUUGGGUUUGAACAAUGAAGCUGAUAAAAUCUCAAAAGCUGUCCAUCAAGUCAUUGCUGAAGGUAAGAUCACUACAAGAGAUAUUGGUGGUUCUGCUUCAACUACUGAAUUUACACAAGCUGUCAUUGACAAAUUAGCUACUCUCUAA